UUGAAGUUAGAAAAGGACAAUGAUUAGUUUGUUUGAUGAAGAAAUACUCUGAUUGGAUAAAUCGUUUUGGCGCGUAGUAAAAGCGACCUCACCGGAACGCUUUCGAACGAUCGGCAUAGCCAGCUAGUGUGUGUGUUUGUUUAAUAUUUUUGUAAUCUCUCAUAUUACAAAAUGUCAGACGAUGCUUCAACAACGCCUUCAAAAAGAGGUCGUAAGUCAAAUGCGGAAAAAGCAGAAAAAGCAGAAAAGGCAGAAAAGGUAGAAAAAGUAGAAAAAGAAAAAGUUGAAAAAAACGACACAAAGAAAAGGGGGAAAAAAGAAGCUGAAGAAGAUGGUGCAUCUCCCGCGAAAAGAGGCAGGGGAAGGCCAAAGGGUACCACAAAAAAGAAAACUGUCGUCAAGCCCAAGGCAAAAGUUGCAGGACGAGGUCGUGGAAGACCGAAGAAGAAAGAAGAGCCCAAGGAUUCAGAAGAUGAAGACAACGACGAUAAUGAUGCCGUCGAAGAGGAAGAAGAAGAUGAUUAAAUAUAUUUUCGCGUAUAAUUUUUGAUUUAGCCAAAUCCGAUAAAUCGGGCGCCAAUCUCAAAAACCAAUCGUCGAAACUGUUUCUCAUUUAUAAUUUUAUUUCUAAAUAGUUAUACACUAAAAAAUAUCAUUCCCUAUGUGUUCUUGUUUCAUUCGUAGACGAUGGUAUCGUGAAAUCACUCAUAAAUUUGGCUACUUUGAAUCUCUUAAUGUUUCUGUCGCUUUAGUGACCAUAUAUUUAUGAAUAUUAAGUUUUAGUUUAAAAAGUAAUGUAUUUUUAAGUUAUUUUAUGUUUAAAAGACAUGAAAGUGUUGAAAUCUCCACUAGUUUAACUCACAGCUACAACAAAAUAUUUAAAACACUUUUUAUUUGAAUAUUUAUAAACGCCAUGGAUGAUUUUUCAAAUUUAUGUCUUUUAAACCCUAAAAGUAUGUCUUAGAAAGACUGAAUCGACAAAUCUCGUAGAUUUGUUGAAACUUACCAGAUUUGACAAUUGAAUAAAUUUAUUUUAAUUGAAAAUCGCGGUCAAAUUUAUUUGUGAUGUGCCGCUGGUUGAGGCGUUGACUAUGGACUUUUGUGUAGAUUUUUUAAUAAAAGAGGUUAUAUGAGUUGGUGGGCGCACAAUAAUUUCUUUUAGUUUGUAAUUUGUGUAAUUUGAUACUUUUAGAUUUUGAAAUUAGUCCCUUUCGUUUAAGCAUGUGUUUCAGUGUCAUAGUCAUUGUCAAAUUAAUUUAAUAAAUUUAAGUUUUAAGUA